AUGCAACUUGUUGAACAAAAACGUGUUGAUCUUGAUAUGGACAUAAACCAGUACUUAACGGAAUCUGGUUAUCGUAUUUUUCAUCCACAGUAUCCUUCUCAUUCGAUUACUUUACGUCAAUUACUCUCACACUCAGCAUCGAUUGCUGUCAAUGAAAAUACACAAAUAAGCUUAUAUAAUACGGGCGAUACUGCUUUCGAACAGUCGACUUUAGCUGAUACAUUGUUCACUCUUCUGAAUUCAAAUACGUUGAACUGGUUACCAGAAGCACCUGGCAGCGUAUCAUUUUACUCGAAUGAGGGUUCAUCUCUUGCUGCAUUAGUUGUUGAAAGAGUAACAAAUAUUUCUUUUGAUCAAUAUGUCAAAGAUCGUAUUUUGAAGCCUCUCAAUGUUGAUGUCAGUCGAGUAGGUGUUCGUCUAGCUGAUUUUCCAAAUCGAGAGGAGCUCGUUAAACAUUAUGCGUAUGCACCCAAUACGAGUAAUCUAAAUGAUUGGCUUAAAAUAAUGCCACAAUUGAAUAUUAUACCACUUCUAGAUAGUUUUCCAACUUGGUUAUACAUUCCAUUCUUUGGCUUUAGUGCCUAUCCUGCUGGUCUUUUUCGUAUGUCAGCUAGUUCUUUAUCCAAAUUUCUUCGCAUGUUUAUCAAUAAAGGAUUCCCCAUUCUAAGUGCUCGAUCAAUUUUAGAAAUCAAAACAAUAGUCGGUGCUGGCUUAAUACCUGAUUACAUUCAAAAUACGAGCAAUGAUGCUGAUGGCAUACCAUCACUUUUUUUCGGACUUAGUUGGUACUGGGCAACUUUGAGUGAUGGACGACGAUACAUUGGUCAUAGUGGUUCACUUCCAGGUUCAAGACAUUUGAUGUUGGUCAACGAAAAGAGUACUCUUGGUGUGAUUGUUCUAUCAAAUGGAGAUUCAAACGGGCCAGGAAAUCGUACAUUCGAAGUGUAUCAAACACUGGAAAAUAUCCAUCUAAGAUUGUUUGAAUGCUUUGAGAGUUCUAUUUAG